CUUUUUAAAAACGCAGAUUCAGUGAUUAGCAUUCAGCCCGUUUGACCGGUCAGACCCUUAAACCAAACUAAAAACACUGUUCAUCCAUUUUUUGACGGUAGACCACAGAGCCAUGUGUCUAAAUCCAGAUGUUUUGUAGCUUAUGUAGAAGUAGUAGGCGCUGCAGGCCUGACAUUCAUCGACAAGAGCCUGAGCAUUAUGCAGAAAAUGAGCUACUUCUUCCCUCUGCUCUUCGUGUGCCUGGAUGUGUGUGUGGUGCACGCCAUCCGCUUGGCCCAGCUCUCACCUCUCCUCCUCUCCCAUCCGUUCAUCACCAUGUGGGGAGGAGGGUUGACCAGGGCUGGCCUCCUCGCCCUCUUCACCCUCACCUAUCCUGAAAGCCUGCCGUGGAUGAGCAGCUUCAAGGGGCUACAGAGCUUAGGGGUCCUUUGCUUCCACUUCCCGGUGUACACCAGUCUUCUCUGGGUGCUAGGGCAGUCCACCAUGGAGGAACUGUGGGGGUGGCACUCAUGGGAAAGGGUGUUACAGGGUUAUGUUGUGACAGUAGUGGCGUGGCUCUACUGGAGUCGAUAUGCGUCAUCUCUUUUGCUCUCCGGGGGUCGAUACAUCUCCUCUCUGUUCACAAGGGCUCCCUCUGAGAAGGCCAAAGAGGACACCAGUGCCUCUCUGAAGAGACUGAUGGGAUACAUGCAGCCCUAUCUCGGGCGCUUUGUUGCUGUGCUGUUUCUCGUGGUUCUCUCUUCUUAUGGUGAGAUGGCUAUUCCUCAGUACACUGGUCGUGUGGCUGACUGGAUCAUCAAUGAAGAAGCACCUGAUGCAUUUACAGAGGCCAUCACAAUCAUGACGCUAAUGACUAUUGCCAGUGCUGUGCUUGAGUUUAUAUGUGACCUCAUGUACAACGUCACCAUGAGCCGCAUACACACCUCAGUGCAGGGAUUCGUCUUCCAGGCUGUGCUGAAACAGGAGAUUGCUUUCUUCGAGGCCACUUCGACAGGUGAACUGGUGUCCCGCAUUACCACGGAUACCAACGAUAUGAGCGAGGCACUGAGUGAGAAACUAAGUCUUGUGAUGUGGUACACAGCACGUUUUGGCUUCCUCUUUUUCUUCAUGGUGAGCCAGUCAUGGAAAAUGUCCCUGCUCACUUGCAUGGGACUGCCCAUCAUCUGGGUCAUACCCGAGCUCACUGGACACUUCCACCAGACUAUUGCUGCAAAGGUUCAGGAGUCACUGGCUAAGGCCAACCAGGUGGCCACAGAGACCUUCUCCUGCAUGAAGACAGUGAGGAGUUUUGCCAACGAGGAUGGUGAGACAGAGAGGUACAGACAGCGGCUGGAGGAUACAUACGCCCUUAAUAAAAAGGAAGCAGCAGCCUAUGCAGCCUCUACCUGGGCUAACAGCAUGACCACUUUGGCCCUGAAGGUGUUUAUUCUGUACUAUGGAGGGACUCUUGUUACCAGGGGGGCCGUUAGCAGUGGAGACCUGGUGUCAUUCGUCCUCUAUGAGCUACAGUUUGCCUCUGCUGUUGAGGCUGUCAUGCGUUAUUACCCAGAGGUGAAGAAGGCAAUUGGUGCCUCUGAGAAGAUCUUUGAAUAUAUGGAUCGCAAACCUGAAGUACCCCCAGAGGGCAAUUUGGCCCCCAAAAAUCUUGAGGGACACAUUCAAUUCAAAAAAGUUACAUUUUCCUAUUCUGGCAGGACAGAUGAAAACAAUCUUGUGCUCAAGGACGUAUCUCUGGAGCUAAAGGCAGGCCAAAUCACUGCCCUAGUGGGGCUUAACAGAUCAGGGAAGUCCACCUGUGUCAAGCUGCUGGAGAGAUUUUACCAGCCCCAAGCAGGGGAGAUCCUACUGGAUGGGAAACCACUGCUAAACUACCAAGACAAGUAUCUACAUGACAAGAUUGCUGUGGUGAGCCAAGAUUGUAUGCUGUUUGCUCGCUCAGUGCGAGAGAACAUCAAGUAUGGCUAUGAGAGUGCCUCUGAUGAGGAGAUGUACAGGGCUGCCAAGCUGGCUAGUGCCCACGAGUUCAUCAUGGAACUGUCAAAUGGAUACGACACAGAUGCCGGGGAGAAGGGAGGCCAGGUGUCUGGAGGCCAGAAGCAGCGCAUUGCCAUUGCCAGAGCUUUAAUCAGACGUCCUAAAAUCCUGAUACUGGACAACGCCACCAGUGAUUUGGACACAGAGAAUGAAUACCAGGUCCACCAAGCUUUGUUAAACCAAACCAACAACUGCUCCGUGCUACUGAUAUCGAACAAGAUGAGUGUUGUAGAGAAGGCCAAUCAUAUAAUUGUCCUCAAUGACGGGAUGGUAAAGGAGGAGGGCGGUCAUGAUGAGCUGCUGAAGAAAGGCGGCCUUUAUGCUGAACUGGUGAGAAAGCAGAAUAUGGGCUUUCACCGUCAAGAAGAGGAGAGGAAUGAUACACACUGAUACGUGUGGCUGUUGGUUGGACUUAAAGGGUCAAAACUCCAGCUAUACUAUACCAUAAAUAACAACUUCAUUGUGAGACCACACUUCAUACUACAAGUCUUUUUGCCUAUUGAGACUAAUCUUCUCUGUGCACAUUGGAAGUAGGUGAAAUUGUAAUUGAAUCCCUUUUCUUAAAGUCUAGACUGUCAGGAAAAUAUAGGUACCCUUCAAUCAGCAGCCCCUGAGUUAGGCAUCUGAACCCCAACUGCCCCAGGAAGAUUGGUCCUACUUGGACUGGGCGAUAUGGAUAAAAUCCUCUAUCAUGGUACAUUUAAAUUUAUAUUGCAAUAUCAAUGUUUAUCAUAAUAUAGUACAUUUUCUGGAAAAUGACCACAUUUGAAAAAUGACAUAUCAUCACAUUGAUGUAAAAGAUCAUCAAAAAUCAAAUCCUGCUGAUUGAUUUGCAACAUUGGCCACAAUGGUCUAAUACAAAUGCUAAUAUAAAUUUGAAUUGCCCCAUGGUAUUUAUCAUUAUAUCGUCCAACUGGGCAGCCCAAUGGGUGUGAAUGGGAAUCAACUUGAAGAGAGUUUAUGAUGAUUACACACAAUUGCUUCAUACACUUUGCAAAUGUAGAUGUAGAAGACAUCGAUCAGCUAGAUUUUAGGUUUUCCAUAUUGCAAUAUUUAAGACUAGGUGUUCCUAACAUUCUGGUUGUAUAUAUUUUUCACAGUUGUUGUUGUUUUUAGUUUUUAUUGUCUUUCAUUAAACUUUUUUUCUGUA